CAAGGAGAACGACGACGUCAACAUGAUCUUGGUUCCGAUGAAGAACAAAGAGGGAGCGGCAGGGUUGACGUUGACAAUGUGUAAUGUCUGUUACCUCGUUGAACCCUCAUUGAACCCUGGAUUGGAGGACCAGGCGGUGGAUCGGAUCAACAGAAUCGGACAGACACGCCCGACCACGACCAUCCGCCUGGUGCUGAAGAACACCGUCGAGCCAAAGAUCGUGGCACUUACCAAACGCAAACGCGAAGGUUCCCGCGUAGCGGCGGAACAGGCCGAGCAAGACCCUGACGUCGUUGUCACGCACGAGAACGGCGAACAGCGGGCGGCGCAUUCGGCUCCCACACUCGACCAGGAAGCGAUUGUUGCGAAGGAGAUGUUAGCGCUGUUUGAUAUCGAGAUUCCAGAGGGGCAGAAGCUGGAUGAUGUUAUUCAUGUCGAUGCGGUACCUCGCCGGAGGGGGAGGGGAGAGAGGAGGAGGAGGUAGACCGGAGUUGCUCUUGUCAUUGCUAUGCCCU